GAUUUGUGAAAACUACUACUUAUUUUGAAGUAAGUAAAUAUAUCACACAUAGUAUUAUAAGUCCUUUAUUAAAAGAGAUUGAAAGAUGUGUUAAACUAUUAAAUUUAGUAUUUAAAACUAAUGUAGAUUUGGAAAAUAUUGAUAAUAUUUUUGAAAAAAUAGAUAAAGAUACUUAUGAAAUGUUAGAAAAAGUUAAAUAUCAUUUAUAUAAAGCAAUAAAAAUUUAUUGGCAUACUGAAGAAGAUGAUGCAUUAAUAUCAGCGAUACUUAAUCCUAAAAUUAAAUCCUUUACUUUUAUUAAUAAUCAAGAUUUAAAAGAUCAAGUAAAAACAUUAUUACAAAAUAAAUAUAAUAUACUUAAAGGAGAAAAUUUAUCACCAAUAUUACCAGAAAUAAGAUCAAUACUAUUACAAAGUUUUCUUUAUCAAACAUCAUUAUUUUCUAUUUUUAAAAAAUAA